AAACAUGGCAGAGAAGCAGAAACAGUUCAUCAGGUGUUGUAAUUGUGUGAAAGGUGAACCCUAUAAAGCCUACUAUCAUACAUGAUACACAAGGCUUUUGAAUGAUCAACAUGAUCAAAACUUUGCCAAUAAACACUACAUGCCUUCUGCCCUCUGUUUGGUAGUUCAUAUUUUUUUAGUAAGUAGUGUAAUUCCAAAUAUAUCCACAUUUUUGCUUGUUUAUAAAGUUAAUGUAAAAGUAACUUUUAUAUUGUUAGUAAUAUUUCAAGAUAAGUAACUUAUAUUACUUGAUUAUCCAUCACUGAUCCAUGAUCAUAUCAUUUUUUUGUUGUUGUUGUUGAAAAAUCAUGUUAAUAUGUAUCAAAUAUCAGGCUUUUGAUGUUUAUUUUUGUCUCUCAGUCAUCUUUUUAUUAGAUUUAUGGAUCUUGAGUGAGGAAAUGUCAUUGCUGGCUAUGGAGGCCUCACCGAGCCAUUGGAUUUCAACUAAAAUAUCUUAAUUUGUGUUCUGAAGAUGAACGAAGGUCUUAUGGGUGUGGAACGACAUGAGGGUCAAAUGACACAAGAUAACAGAACAGCUGUUGAAGAUGAGAGUCUCAGAGUCAAAACUGAAAAUGCACACAAAGAACUGAAUGAAUCUUUGAACGAGGAUACCAACAACAGCACAUACAAGAACAACGUCACAGAAAACAACGAGAUUCUUCAGCAACAAGAUUUUCACCACAUCUACAAUCACUGUUAUGAGGAGGAUUUGAUGUAUUUUGGCAAAUUGUGCAGUGAAUUUUUCAAUAUCAACAUGAGUGCACUUGGAAAGGAGAACUGGUGUAAUAUGGAGAUGGUGAUAAGAAGCUACAACCAGUUAACUGCAUGUUUGGAGCAAUUUUCCACUUAUUCAGGAUGCUACUACCCUAAUCGUGUGGUGGAGCAGACGUUCAUCACUAUACAUCAGCAGUACUUCAGCUCUUGUAGCAGUGAAGAUGAUUUAGCUGACGCCCCGGCUGGAGUCGUGCUCGUAGCCACACUGCUGCCCAUCCUCCUCAUACCCUUCAUAGUGUACAUUGUGGUCUGGAAGAGUAGUUUAAGAUACUGACUUAAAUGAGUUAAAGUGAUAGUUCACUCAAAAAUAAAAAUUCUCUCAUCACAAACCUGUAUGCAUUUCAUUCUUCUAAAUAAGAUAUUUUGAAGUUGUCUGAACCCUAACGUUCUUCAAAAUAUCUUAUUUUGUGUUUUGCAGAAGAAAAAACAUACAAGAUUGGAGAUGAGGGUGAGUAAAUAAUGACCCGGUUUUUAGUUUUUGGGUGAACUAUCUCUUUAAACUCAACUCUCCAGUGUAUAAAGUUCAUGUGCUUCACAAUGAUGUAAUUAUUGUAAAUAAAAGAGACACAGUGGGUGUCUGAUUUUUCUACA